UGGUGCAAGAAGUAGAAAAUUUGCUGAUGGGUUCUUUAUUUACUAACUUUCAUUGAGUAGUUGAAUAUCUUUUUAUUUUGAACAACAAAUUCCUACAAUAAGGAUAUGUCUAAAGUUACUGUGCAGGAUAUUGAGUCCGUGGAUGACUACUGGGGACCCACGUUUCGUUCCAUUUUAGAAGGCAACAAUACUGAGUCAAUCUCCGAACAGCUUGACCAGCGUAUACGCAGCCAUGAUAAGGACAUUGAACGAAUAUGCAACCUCUAUUAUCAAGGAUUCAUAGACUCCAUACAGGAGCUGCUGCAAGUGCGCACACAAGCAAAACAACUUCACGAAGAGGUGCAUACAUUGGAUCGCUCAUUACAGCAAAUAAGUACGUCGGUGUUACAGCAAGGACACGAUUUAGUGCGAGCGCGCCAAAUUGAGUCAAAUUUGGCUAACGCCAUUGACGCUCUACAAGCGUGUCUUCCGGCACUCGAAUGCUACAUUAAAUUUAUUCAGCAAGCAAAUAAUAAACAGUAUUAUCAAUCUUUACGCACCCUGGAAUCAUUGGAAUCCCAGCACUUGGUUGGACUAAACAACUAUCGUUUUGCCACUCAAAUUCGGCAAGCAAUACCAGUCGCCAAAGAGAAUAUAAGACGUUCCGCCGAGGCCGACUUUCGAGAGUUUCUCGAAAAUAUUAGAAAAUUUUCACCGAAGAUCGGUGAAGUGGCUAUAAUGCAUACCAAGAAACUGCAGAAACGUGAUAUCAAUGCCAUUAUAGAAGAGCACAAGUUGCGUCAGCCUGAAAAUCGUGAGGAAGAAAAUAAUUUAAGUGCACAGAAUCUUAUUGAUUUCUCGCCAAUAUAUCGUUGUUUACACAUUAACAUAGUUUUAGGCCAACGUGAAUACUUUGAAAAAGACUAUCGGCAACAGCGUCGAGAUCAAUCAAAGCUGGUGCUGCAACCACCGCCAGGCAUGCACGACAACUUGGAUGCAUACAAAACAUAUAUAUGUGCUAUUGUUGGCUUUUUCAUUGUGGAGGAUCAUGUUAAAAAUACAGCUGGAGAUGUGGUAACAACGUCAUAUUUGGAAGAUAUGUGGUCCAUCUCCUUGACGAAAUUCGUAAAUGAGAUUAGCAUGGCAUCGUCAUCUUGUACCGACCCAAACAUAUUACUGCGCAUAAAGAAUUUGAUUAUGUUGUCCAUCAAUACUUUCAAAUGUUACGGCUACACAGUAAACAUGCUGUUCGAGUGUUUACAUAAUAUGCGCGAUCACUAUAAUGAGGUAUUAUUACAACGUUGGGUACAUGUUUUCCGUGAUGUACUGGAUAAGGAGCAAUUCCUGCCGAUGAUUGUAGAAAAUCAAGAGGAAUAUGAGUCAAUUAUUGAACGUUUUCCCUUCCAUUCAGAUCAAUUGGAACAUACGACGUUUCCUAAGAAAUUUCCCUUUUCACGCAUGGUACCGGAAGUCUAUCACCAAGCGAAAGAAUUUAUGUACGCCUGUAUGAAAUUCGCUGAAGAACUUACACUUUCACCAAAUGAAGUGGCAGCAAUGGUACGGAAAGCGGCAAAUUUAUUGCUGACACGCAGCUUUAGUGGUUGUUUGUCUAUGGUGUUUCGCAAUCCUAGCGUCGCCCUACUGCAACUUAUUCAAAUUAUUAUUGACACGCAGUACUUGGAAAAGGCUGGUCGCUUUUUGGAUGAAUUCGUUUGUUACAUGACUAACACGGUAAGCAAUAUUUCACUAACGCCAUCGGCUAUGUUCCAUGUGGCUCGCCAGGAAGCAGAAAAACAGGUUGCCGUACGCAUUUGCUCUAAAAUAGAUGAAUUCUUUGAUUUGGCAGCCUACGAUUGGUUGCUCAUUGAACCACCCGGGAUCGCAUCCGCUUACAUCACCGAUAUGAUUUCUUAUUUAAAGAGUACAUUUGAUAGCUUUGCUUUCAAAUUGCCGGGCAUUGCACAAACGGCUUGCCGACGCACCUGUGAACACAUCGCAAACAAAAUUUAUAAUAUACUCUACGAUGAGGAAGUGAAACAAAUUUCAACUGGCGCACUGCAACAAAUCAAUUUGGAUUUGUUGCAAUGUGAAUUCUUUGCUGCAUCUGAGCCGGUCCCUGGCUUGCGGGAAGGUGAACUUUCCAAAUAUUUUCUCGAAAAUCGGCAACUACUCGACUUACUCAUUAUGGAGGAAUGGAGUACAUAUUUGCAUGAUUACGGCAAGCAAGAGAAUAGAUAUCACUUGGUGCAUCCACAAUCGAUUAUUACUAUUUUGGAGAAGAUACGCGAAGCAGACAAGAAAACAAUGUUUUCAGUACUGCGCAAAAAUGACAAAAAAAAGCUGCUGGAUACAGUACUGAAACAACUAAAACACCUAAGCGAGCGGCAGAAUUAGAUGCAGAGUAUGUUUUACGGAGAAAAAAAAAAAUAGGUUUAAGCGGUGAAGACAGUGAGAAAUUUAUAUCAUGUUGCGGGGAAUAUCCUCCAUUGCUUAAAGGUUUCGCAUAUGUUGCGAGAGGAUCCAGUUCAUAGGAUAAAAAAAUUAUACAGCCAGAGGGACCAAAUGUUGUGAUGAAAACCUAAAAUCCUGUGGUUAUUAAAAUGAUGAUGUUGUGGCAAAAAUUCAAAUAUAAUCUCAUUUAUUCAGCUUCAAAAUUACAA